AUGACAAACAUCAAACAUCCAGACCUUACUUUCUGCCCACCUACACAAACAUCCGACCAUCAGCUAUCCCGUAUAAACAUUCAACCAACGGGCCAGCAUCUUGCAAAAGCAUCAGAAGCUGUUGUUGUUGUUGAUGUUGAUGUUGGUGUUGUAGAUGUUGCUGUUGCUGCUGCUGCUGUUGCUGUUGCUGUUGCUGUUGCUGUUACUAGUACUGCUACGUCUGCUGACGCUGCGACCUAA